AUGUGACUGAAUGACUGGCAUAGCAUGGGCAGCGGCAGCCAUGCAAGCUUCCCCACACUGCCAUGCCAAUGUGUCUCAACCCUCUUCUGAAGAGAGCACUUCUGGAGCUGACAUUAUUUCAACUGCUGAGUUCAGCCACACGGGGGACUUACUGGCAACUGGGGACAAAGGCGGUCGAGUUGUUAUAUUCCAAAGGGAGCCAGAGAGCAAAAAUGAACCUUACAGUCAAGGCGAGUACAACGUUUACAGCACCUUCCAGAGCCACGAGCCAGAGUUUGACUAUUUGAAGAGUUUGGAAAUUGAGGAAAAAAUAAACAAGAUCAAGUGGUUACCAAAGCAGAAUGCAGCCCAUGCUCUACUGUCCACGAAUGAUAAAACCAUUAAAUUGUGGAAAGUUACCGAACGAGAUAAGAGACCUGAGGGAUACAACUUAAAAGAUGAAGAGGGAAAACUUAAAGAUCUUUCUACAGUGACCUCACUUCAGGUGCCUGUCUUGAAGCCAAUGGAUUUGAUGGUAGAAGUAAGCCCCAGGAGAAUUUUUGCAAAUGGCCAUACCUAUCACGUCAACUCCAUUUCUGUCAACAGCGACUGUGAGACAUACAUGUCAGCUGAUGAUCUCAGGAUUAACCUCUGGCACUUAGCGAUUACAGACCGGAGCUUCAAUAUUGUAGACAUCAAGCCAGCCAACAUGGAAGAUCUGACCGAAGUCAUCACAGCCUCUGAGUUCCACCCCCACCACUGCAAUCUCUUUGUCUACAGCAGCAGCAAAGGCUCACUCCGGCUCUGUGACAUGCGGGCAGCCGCUCUCUGUGACAAGCAUUCCAAACUUUAUGAAGAACCAGAAGACCCCUGCAGCCGAUCCUUUUUCUCAGAAAUAAUUUCUUCUGUGUCGGAUGUCAAAUUCAGCCACAGUGGCCGAUAUAUGUUAGCAAGAGAUUACCUCACCGUCAAAGUUUGGGAUCUGAAUAUGGAAACGAGGCCUGUAGAAACAUACCAGGUCCACGACUACCUUCGAAGCAAGCUGUGUUCCCUUUAUGAAAACGACUGCAUCUUUGACAAGUUUGAAUGUGCAUGGAACGGGUCUGACAGUGUUAUUAUGACAGGGGCCUACAACAACUUCUUCCGAAUGUUUGACCGGAACACCAAGCGUGACGUCACUCUGGAGGCCUCACGCGAAAGCAGCAAGCCGAGAGCCGUUCUCAAACCUCGCCGCGUGUGCGUGGGAGGCAAGCGACGGAAAGACGACAUCAGCGUUGACAGUCUGGACUUUACCAAGAAGAUCCUGCACACGGCAUGGCACCCAGCAGAGAAUAUUAUUGCCAUCGCCGCCACAAACAAUCUGUACAUAUUUCAAGAUAAAAUGAACUCUGACAUGCACUAG